AUGGUUCUAGAGCUCCCGUUCAUCACGCUCGACGUCUUCAAGACGCAGCGCUACGCCGGAAACCCGCUAGCCGUCGUCACCAUCCCUUCGGACCUCUCGCUCCAGCCGACACAGGACCAGAAGCAGCUCAUCGCGCGGAAAUUCAACCUCAGCGAGACCGUCUUCGUACACGACGCCACGGGGAGCGACACCCGCAACAUCGACACCUUCCUCGCCGACGCAGAGGCCCCCUUGGCAGGGUACCCGACCAUCGGCACUGGCACUGCUGCGGACCUCCUGCCUCAGAAUGUCCAGACCCUGGGUCACCAAGGCCGGCCCCACCCCGGCCACGUCCAGGCCAGCAUCCCCCACUCCACCCGUCUGCACGCCCGCCGGCACGCCCGCCGUCUGACGCCCGACCUUGUCGCCCGUUGGCGCCUAUCCAGACGAGCAUGUCCGCUCCGCCCUCCUGUCCGCUCUGCACCGUUACCCGGGAUGGCGUCCGUCCUGGUCGAGCUGCCGUCCCUCGACAACACCCUGCGCGCUGCCUCCGCCUCAUCCGUCCACCUACCGCCCGACCAGAUCCUCGAUCAGGGCUGGUAG